CUGCAACCACUUUGACAGUCUUCACUCUUCCAAAGCCUUCUCUCUCUUUUUUUUUAUUCACGUGUGGCCAGGCUUGGAUCCUAGUGACCUCUUCAAGAGAUAUUCAACUUUGUUGAAGACCCUGUCCUCUCUACCUCUCUCUCCCUUCUACGGAUAUAUCCCUCAAGACCUUGACUCUCGUACAUCUCACCCCUGCCGGAAGAGCGAGAGCCACUUACACGCUUACCCGCACAACGCCAAUAUCCCACGUCCGAUAGUCGAAGCGAAACCCGCGCCGAGCAUAACGCGCCCACCUCCCAACGACGUGCAAGGAAACCAACUUUGAGAAAUCACAAGAGGGAACACUGCAAAAGGAACAAACACGCUCUUCUAUACUACUCGAACCGGCACACUCCCUCUCCUAGUCUGGGCAUGCUGUCGUCGCCAUAAUGCUCGACUCGUCGCCCCAAUCAAAGAACCAGGAGCCUACGCUUCCUCUGGCUGGAACCAAACGUCCUGCCCCAAGCCUUCUCCCGGCAUUUGAACCUCUCUCUUCGUCCCCAGGCUUCCCUAGACCCUCCAAACGACAAGCUCGUCCCGGUUCUGUGGGAGCAAGCAACGCGUACCUGAAAUAUCCCACCCCGAUCCCGACCUCGAGCACCGGCAUACUAUCCUCCUCUCCGCCCCGCGUACACUCAAGACCUGGUGGUCUGUCUCGGACACUCUCUACCGCCUCCGAACGCACUCCCCUCGGUGCUGUGAGCUCCAUCGAAUUGAACGAGAAUGGCGAAACUCUCCUCAUGGGCCGCUCUAGCAACUCGUCCCACUACCAGUUAUCCGCAAACCGCCUCGUCUCCCGCAUCCACGUCAAGGCCCGCUACGUGCCUGCUCCCUCCGCCCUGGAGCCCAACAAGAUUGAAAUCAUCUGCAAUGGCUGGAACGGGCUGAAACUUCACUGCCAGGGCCGCACGUGGGAGCUUCUCAAGGGCGAUUCCUUCACCUCCGAAACAGAAGGGACCGAAAUCAUGAUCGACGUUCAGGACGCCCGCGUCAUGAUCCAAUGGCCGAAGCGGGACCGUCGCGACCGCCUCGCCAGCCCCGAUGAUUCUGCUUGGGGUGACUCGCCUCCUCGCUCCGCUGCCCGCGUUGCUGCCGACCUUUUGCAGUCGAGCCCUUUGCGCCGACCCUCGCGCAUCGAGUCUCCAGACUCACCAACGGCGCAUCUCAGCAGCUCGCAGCGACUUCAAGCUCUGUUGCCCAGGGAAGAUGGAGAAGUGCAAAUCUACGAGGACUCGAGCGCAGACGAGCCCGAGCUUCCCAAGCUGGUUGACUCGGGCACCAUCAUUGGUCAGAGCUUCGCUACCGAGGCCACCAACUCCUUCUCAUCCGAACUCAGUGAGCCGGAAGACGAGAACGCGAACGAUCCUGACGAGGAGAACGACCCGAUUGUUCAUUCUUUUGGACCAUUUGGCGCCGAUAUCUCCAAUCGCCUAGCCUCCAUCACUACUGCCUCUCCCAAAUUCCCUCCUUUCAAGCGGACAGGCCUGCCCACAGUCCGUGACGAGUCUAGACCCUCUAGCCCCAUCUCGGCGCCACCAAAGUCGCCAGAGGAGGCUGAAGAAGGCGAGGUGCUAGAAGAUGAGGAGGAAGUCAAGGAAGCGGAGCCCCCCUACGAGAACCCCACCGUCCGGAACCACGUCGUCAACCAGCUGGCCUUUUCGCGUCUGUCGUCCAACCCGCUGUCAACCAUCAUGAACAACCUGCCGUCAGAAGAGCGCAAGGGGUUGACAAAGGACCAGCUCCGAAGUCUGAUCGAGGCAACGGCAUGCAUUGGCAUUAUCCAACGCCAGGGCAAGGACGCUGCUGGCAAGCAGCUCGAGAGCGAGUACUACUACGUUCCCGAGUUCGACGACGACGACCAGCGCCGCCUUGCCGUGACGGAUGGUCUGCGCAAGCCCAGCCUGCGCGCGUGUCGCAAGCAGCACAAGGUAAGCCCUGCAAUGUUGAGGAGUAAAGAGGUUGAGGUUAACAUGGUGGAUUUUAGCAAUACUACUGGAAGCGCCCCCGUACACCUUGAGCCUUGUUCCAACUACCGCUUUUCAUUCCAUGUUUUUUCUGGGUUUCUAUACCCUUUUUGCCUUGCUGAGGCUGAACUGAUGCCCUGCAUAUACCGAGCAUGGCCUCUCGUUUCUUCCCUCUUGCACAACACCUUUUUACUGUCUAUACCUUGGCUCUCAAAAACCGCCAUUGGGCAAAACCAACUCGUGUGUACUGGAUGCAUAGCGCAAGGCGUUUUUCUGUUUUCAAACACCUCAAAGUAUUACUACUGUACGAUUCCACUAUUACUAUACCUUCGGGACGGGCGGCCUCCAUUAUUUUAUCCCAAAGAUUCCCCCAAAGGCGCGCGACACAAAUUCACCGUAACACGCCCACGCCUACAAACCUGGCCCCUACCCCGAACGCGGACCCCGUUAGACGAGAUACAUGCAGCAUCCAUGUUACGUUCGAUUUGGAAGCGAAGAGUGUGUGUCUCUUGAUUUUUGAUGGAUUUUUUCGUCUCGCCUGUUUCGUCUUUUACACCUGAUUUUUGGAAGGGCUAUACGAAGAAAGAUGGGAUAUGAAUUGGACUGGCGGGUGGUCGGUCACGGAAAUGGGAAAUGAUGAUGGGUGGGACGAAUGGGAUGGGAUGGUGUUGGAUGGAUGGGAGGGG